AUGCCGGUGUUGGCUGUCCAGGGCUUCAGGAUGCUGCGUGACGACCUGAACAAAUUCCUCGUGGACAACGGGCUGUCAAAACGGGAUGACGAUGGGGUUUCUGAAGAGGAGGAAGAGGAGAUUGUCUUCGUUUGCUUCCACUGGGUUUACCUUCUCUCCAACAAGAGGAUCGACAACGAACUGGACAAGCCAGUUCCCACGUCCUUUGAGCAUCUCCGUCAGAUGCUCCAGGUCCAAUCGCCUAUCUGCCAGUACCUCUUGAAGACUGAUAAACCGACUAAGUGGAAUUUGGAAGGGCUAAAUGAGCAGCUAAAUAAGCCUGGCGACAACAACGGGCUGUCACAGGGAUAUGACUCCACUGCUUACAAUUUGAUGCUUCUGCCCGCGACAAUGAUUAAGCCUUCGCUGCCUACGAGGGCAUGA